AUGGACACCAACCACACACAUUCCCCAAAUGCUGAGGCCAAAUCAACAACUGGAGACAGGUUUCAAAACCAGGAUUUUGAUCCACAAUCAGAAGAUAGUAAUUCCUAUUCGCCACAACAGUCCUAUAUUGGGUGGGAUGGCACUGUGAUACUUAGCCCACAGCCGUGUUCCGAUCCCGCUUCGUCCGACUGUAGAUCUCCCUCUUCCCCAAGGUCGGAUCAUUCCAGACUUGAUUCUUCCCCAUAUUUGCAUCAACAGCAGCGGCAGCUCCUAAAGCAGGAGGAAGUGGCAGGUGGUCAAGAGGGGGAUUUCUAUUCUCCUACUUGCGAAGAAAACGAGGACCCAAAGCAGUCCAGGAGUGGUGGUUCUUUCCAUCAGCGGACCACGGCGAAAGCUAUCUCUUCCAAGUAUCGUUUUGGUGACUCAGUCGGUGCGGCCUCCAGAUACCGUGUCAUGACAUCCAAGAUGCAGAUGGUGUCUAAAUUAGCCCAGGGAGUUCUGGUAUGGGCUCUUCUACCCUCCAGAUACCGAAUUCCGUGGUGGCCGGGUAUUGUAGUGAGUUCUCAGCCGGUCAAACGCAAGAAUAAAGAAGGUGAAGAAGUUUGCUACUAUCGAAUAAUGCUCAUCUGCUCCCCACCUCAUCUUGAAGAUAUGGUCUCCUUCUUCGUUGCACGAAGCAAUUUGCGCAUCCUCAAGACUCGAAAGGCAUUUGAGGCCUUUAUGCAAAGCUCUUUGCUUCAAGUCUUCAGCAAGCCCGUCAUUGUUUCGAAUUUUAUUGUUCCUACCCACCAGGAACAGUUCUGGUUGUUGGCCAGGGAGAAAUUGGUGGAAAUGGAGAUGAUGUCCGAAAAGUCUCUGCUCUCCAGACUGAAGUAUCUCCAGUUAGAUUUGUCUACUCUUCGAGAAUUGUGGAGAAUGGAGGAUGUAAAACGGAAAGAAAAGCUUGCUAGGCUAAAGGAGAGUGGCUUAGCGCAGCCAAGUGCGGUGGACAAGCGUUACACUGUCCUUGUGAGGCGAGAGCCGGCAACUCUACCCAAGAGUGAAUUUGCAUUCAGAUCCCUACUCCACGUCUUCAAAGGUAACGCACUAGCCCGUUUUAUCUGCUGCGUAUGUCUAAAACCCGGUCGGUUGCUGCUGAAACCAAAGAAUAAGAAAGAAGAGCAGGAAGAGGAGGAGGAUGAGGGUGAGGAGACAGAGGCGGCUGAAGAGCAGGAGAACGGAGAGGAUGAUACCGAUGAUGAGGACGAUCAGGGAGAAAGAGGAAAAAAGUCGAAAAGGGGUCCAAAGCUGAAGUGCCAUAUCUCCUCCUCCCUUCCUGCAAAUCAUGUAAAGCAGGUGACCAAAGCACAGAAGGCAUAUGCUCGUAAACUGGCCGAGAUCGAGGCAACAGCCAUGCAAACGUGGCCAAUUUUGGCGCCGUGUGCUGGACGCUGUCCCAACUAUCUUCAUUUGGACUGCGCUACUCCCGGCGACAGCCGGUCUGCUUGGGAGGAGGAGCAGGAGCCCCCAAAAGUCUUCUGUCGCCUCUGUAAGGAAGGACUUCGUCAAUGCUGCAUCUGUCUGGAGGUGCAGCCAGCCCAGAACCGCAGCCGCGGUCGUCAAAACGAACGGGUGCUGCGUCGAUGCGCCGCAUCGAAUUGUCGUCGAUGGUUCCACCGCACCACCUGUCUGCGCCGACUGCCUCACGAGUUGUUGGUGCGCGACGGGUGUGCAGAGAGCUUCACUUGUCCUGCCCACACCUGCAUGGCGUGCUACGCCGAGACGCCGGGCAUUUGGCCUCACCCCACCAGCUACUUUGUCCACUGCUUUCUCUGCCCAGCUACCUUCCAUGCCGAUGAGUGGUGCAUUCCCGCUGGCUCUAUUUGGCUAGCUCCUUUAAGGAAAACUAGGAGGGAGUGGUGA